AUGGAGGAGCACAAUCAGGCAACUUCUUUUUCAAGGGAUAGAGAAGGCCUUACUUCACAGACAACUCUAAACGACCGCCAGAAAGUGAAGGUCGAGCGAGUCGAUUCAUUAUUUCUUUUGACUUAUUGCGAUGCUGCGUCUCAGGAUGAGGCUGAAAGCUCCAAAAUGAAGGUGAGACGCUUCAACGUUUCGCUCUACAUCGAUAUUCCGACAAUUGACUACUACAACGAUGAGCUGCGGCACUUCAAACUGUCAAAAAUUAAUAAAAAAUUCAAAAUCCACAAGAUGCGAGAUUUGAUUCUGUCGACAAUCGCAGAAAAUAACCGGGCUCUAUGGGACCUGGUUACCCGUUCUGUUCCCGACGCUGAAAAACGACCUGUCACCUUUGAGCUUUCUGUCUCUUCCAGUGGCGCUCUGCGUUACGUGGAGACCAUAAGGUUCCUAGUGGAUCGAUGCUGGGAAAAAUUUAGAGGCAACAACAAAGUGAGAGUGACUUUCAAAAUCCAAGUGACCCCCACUUCCCUGAUUUGGUUCAAAACUUUUUUCGACAAGGAGCUUCUCGACAGUUCUGUGCUGAAUUUCGAAUUAAUAGGCAAUUACAACUUGGUUUCAUCGUCCACCACGCCGUUCAAAGAGUACUAUACCAAACUGAAUGAGAAGUUCACGAGCAAAGCACAUUCUGCGAACGGAGACUCCAUUAUAAUAAUCACCAAUAACACAGGCGUCAAAGCGCUACUGACAAUCUUAUCGGAUAAACCCUUGACAAGCGUUUUAUCUCAAGCCUCUCUGGACGCUCUCCAUAAUAAUGCUCUGCCAGAAAAGCACCGCGCCCUUGAGGCGGUAAAUACUGAUAGCGAAGAUGACAGGCCUCUAAAACGGGAGUCGUCCUCUUUGCUAAGUUUCCAAAAUUCUCUUCUUACCUCCAACAAAGAUAAGUCAGUUAAAGUGAGAUCAUUUUUGUUGUCCAGAAAAUCUCCCAGCUUGAGUACUAACGGCGGUAAUAUGGCAUAUGGCACCGGCGGAGAUGAAGCCACCCCUAAUGACUAUGAGGAAGACGAUGAUGACGACGGUGACGUUGAAGAUGAGGGUGGGGGCGAUGACGAUGGUCUAAGUUUCUCCGUACCGAGCAGGUUAUCUCGGUGCGGAUCCGAUACAGAUUUUUCUGCGGAAUCUGUUCGAGCAGGAGAUACAACAAGGCGAAGGUUUCGUUCUCUUAGCCUUAUGGAUCCCGCCCUUAAUGUUCCAUUUUCUCGCGAAGUCAGAAGUCCCACUCCUGAUGACUGUCCUUACGGCGAUAAUGGAAACGUAAACGCUGGUAUCAAAAUGCGGGACGACGGCGAGUAUGCUAAUAUCUACGUUCAUGACGGGCAAUUUGAGGGGACGAUAAGCACUGCUCCAAGGAAGUCGAAGAAACUAUUUUGGCCUGGCAAGGAUCAGGUUAGCAAUGGUCUUAUUCCUCCAGAGUUCUACUCUCGCAUAUCUUCUCCUUCGUCAAGCAACAGUAGCUCUCGGACCUCUUUGGAAAACAUCAACAUUUUACCUGGCACUUUUUCAAAACUGCUGGAAUCAGGGAAUGAACUAGCGUCAAGCAAAGAUAAGCUAGCCGCAGGUGAUCUAGUAAACUCGCUAUUAGAAAGGCCAAAGGGCAAUUUUUUGGCGCUUCAUUUUAGAAGUAAUAAAGUAAUACCUCCGGAAGCCCAGGCACUAGACCAAGAAGACAUGCUCAUGUCAGGUACUAGAGUCGAUGACGAAUUUGGGCAAGAGGGAACAUCAGUUUUAGGCAGUGGUUCAACGUCAACACUGACAGCUCGUGCGGGAGGAAGGUCUUCAAUGGCUCUUUCCGCUGGAACCAUAAAUCUUGAUUUACAAGUUUACGAUGAUAAUGAUGAACACGAUGGCAAACCUGCGGAAUCCGCGGGGUCUCACCCUUCGGAUUCCAUUGCAAAACCCACGGAGAAUACGUCCUACCGAAAGCCUAAGUUCACUCUAGAUCUAUACAAUGAUAACGACUUGGAGAGUAAUGGAGCUUGGCUACUAGGAGCAAAUUCUCGACUCUUAUAG